AUGGACGUAGAAAUUGGGCAUCUGGCCAUGUCCUGUGGACGUCGGGAAAUGCCUUCAGAAUCGGCCACUAGGGGCAACAGUGAGUUCUUUUACCAUCAACGCCGGGUGAAAGUCUCCACCGUCUGUAACCUACAGCGCCGGGUGAAACUCUCCACCGUCUGUACUCUACAGCGCCGGGUGAAACUCUCCACCGUCUGUAACCUACAGCGCCGGGUGAAACUCUCCACCGUCUGUAACCUACAGCGCCGGGUGAAACUCUCCACCGUCUGUACCCUACAGCGCCGGGUGAAACUCUCCACCGUCUGUACCCUACAGCGCCGGGGCGCCGGGGGUGACCUCUCCACCGUCUGUAACCUACAGCGCCGGGUGAAACUCUCCACCGUCUGUAAACUACAGCGCCGGGGGAAGAGACUGCAGCUGAGCAGAGUUCUAUUCCUCCUGUUGGGUGUUCUGCUGUGUUGUCUCUACCAGCUGACUAUCACCUCCAAGCUCUCCCCAGGACCCUGGCCCCAUGCCCUGCCCCAGCUAGGUGAGGGGUCUGGGGAUGGAGAAGGCCUGACAGGGGCCCUCCUGGACGGGGGACGCAGUGUUGACACACAAGAGGUGGAUAUUAUAGAUUUAAUGACAACUGAAGUGUUCGAUUAUUACUCUGAGACGAUUACAGAUGAUGUCACACCAUCCACUACCACUGAGGAUACCAUUGACACAGAUGUCUCAUCAUCAUCAUCAUCAUCAUCAUCAGUGACUACAAUCCGGACUAUCGUUCACUGCAUCUAUGUAGACCCAGAGCCUCCCCUUCAGAUCCCCACCCUGCCCAACCCACCACCGACCCAUCCAGUCCCCAACACCACCCUAGCCUCCCCUGCCGACCUUGGGGACGCCCCUCAUCAGAAGGGAGAGUACCCCACGGAUAUCUUCUCCGUGGAGGACCGGAGACGAGGCUGGGUGUCGCUCCACAUCUUGGGGAUGAUGUACAUGUUCGUCUCACUCGCCAUCGUGUGCGACGAAUUUUUUGUCCCUGCGCUCGGCGUCAUCACAGACCAGCUGGCCAUCUCCGACGACGUGGCCGGGGCAACCUUCAUGGCGGCGGGAGGCUCCGCCCCGGAGCUGUUCACGUCUCUGAUUGGCGUGUUCAUCUCUCAUAGCAAUGUGGGCAUCGGGACGAUUGUGGGGUCGGCGGUGUUCAAUAUCCUGUUUGUCAUUGGGAUGUGUGCCAUUUUCUCCAGGGAGAUGCUGCACCUCACCUGGUGGCCCCUGUUCAGGGACGUCUCCUUCUAUAUCAUAGACUUGAUCAUGUUGAUCAUCUUCUUCCUGGACAACACCAUCAUGUGGUAUGAGAGUAUGAUGCUGGUGGCUGGCUACAGCUCCUAUGUCUGCUUCAUGAAGUACAACGUUCAGCUGGAGGCAGCGUUCAAGAACCAGCUCAGGAAACAUCAGCACAUCAUUAAUAUUAUCACUGUGGCUGUUGAGGAUGAACCUGACAAGGAUGAGACAGCAGGUCAGAAUAGUGGCCCUCCUGCCCCAGAAGACAAGAACCUAUUAAAGUUGAAGCCUCUCCUCCAGAGAGGAGGAAGUUCAGCAUCUCUCCACAACUCCACCAUGAGGAAUACCAUCUACCAGCUGAUGAUCCACACACUAGACCCCCUGGGAAAUGGUUGUAAAAGUGAGCCACUCAAAGAAAAAAUUCCAGCCGUCCCUGCACCCACAGCCCCCCAAGCCCCUGCUCCAGCCCCGGGCCAAGCCCCUGCUCCAGCCCCAGCCAAGGAGAAGGAGACGAAGGAGGAGAAGAAGGAGCAGCCAGAGGGUCAGAUGGAGGACAAAUUGGCAGCAGUUGGUUCUUCUUGUAGUGAGGAUGAUGAUGAUGACAGUGAUGAAGACAGUUCUGAUGAGGAAAGUUCUGAUGAAGAAAGUUCUGAUGAAGAUGACGAGGAUGAUGAUGAUGUUGAGGAAGAUGAUGAUGAUAAUGAUAAGCCUCUGUCUUUGGAGUGGCCAGACACCAGACGUAAACAGGCCACCUAUCUGUUCCUCCUGCCUAUAGUCUUCCCUCUGUGGCUCACUGUGCCCGACGUCCGUAACCCGCUAUAUAAGAGGUUUUUUGUGAUCACCUUCCUGGGGUCUAUCCUGUGGAUCGCUGUCUUCUCCUACCUCAUGGUGUGGUGGGCACAUCAGGUGGGAGAGACCAUAGGCAUCUCAGAGGAGAUCAUGGGCCUGACCAUCCUGGCUGCAGGGACGUCCAUCCCUGACCUCAUCACUAGUGUCAUCGUGGCUCGUAAAGGACUGGGGGAUAUGGCUGUGUCCAGCUCUGUGGGCUCCAACAUCUUCGACAUCACUAUGGGCCUGCCAGUCCCGUGGUUAAUGUGGUCGUCCUUCCAUGGUUUUGCUCCGGUGCCCGUCAGCUCCAACGGUCUGUUCUGUGCCAUUGUGCUGCUCUUCUUCAUGUUGCUCUUCGUCAUCAUCAGUAUCGCUGUGUGUAAGUGGAAGAUGAACAAGACGCUCGGCUUCAGCAUGUUCCUUCUCUACUUUGUGUUCCUGGUGCUGAGUGUUCUGCUAGAGGACAGAGUUAUCAUCUGCCCAGUGUCCAUCUGA